UUUAUCAUAAUUUCACAAUUUUUCCGAACCAGAAGUCCUGAGUCUGGGCCGCUCGAGGAUGAAGCAUGGGCCACCUGGAAGACCCACGCCAUAUACUCGAAGUUCGAUGUUGGACAGGACACAGAUGGCUAGAGUCGAACGUCAGACAGGUGGGGGUCGGACAAUUGGGUAAAUUGCCCUUGUGAAAGUACGAAUUUGAUUAAAAAUCCUAGAACUAAAAUCUGGGUCAACUUCUUCGACUGUGUCGCUGGAUUACUCCUUCGUAAUUCGUCAAUGGGAAGGGAAACAAACGGGAAUCGUUGUGUGCAGUGUGGAUUCAGAACGAGUCAAUUGUUCGUUCUAUACUCACCCGGUAACAUGCAUCUUAUGAAAUGCGACAACUGCAAAUCCGUUGCGGACGAAUACAUUGAAUGCGAAGUGAUGAUAGUUCUAGUCGAUUUAAUACUGCACAAGCGCCAGGCUUACAGACAUUUGCUCUACAACCAAUUCGAUAGAAAUCGCUUGUCUCGUCAGGAUUUAAUGUGGAAGCUUGGUCUUAGUUUUCUUCUUUUGGAUGCUUAUAGGUACAUGCUUCUGAUACUAAGUGAGAAGCAAUUAUCCAUGAGCUUUUCAUCAACAAUUGGGAUUUGCCAGAAGGCUUUGAUGUAUGUGUUGCUUGGAAAUGCUAUGUUUCUUUGUACGCUUCAUAUUUUGUCAAGAGUAUUUCUGACGAGCUCAACUGGGGACCAUAGGCACAGGGGCACAGAGUUUUUCUUUGCCAUCAUUAUUUCUAGCUACUUCAAGAUCUUUCUUGUGAGCAUGAUGAUAUGGGAAUUUCCACCCACAGUGAUUUUUAUUGUAGAUUUAUUUGUUUUAUCAUCCAAUGUAGUAGCAAUUAAAGUGAUCACGGGGUCCACUGUGAGCAGAUGCAUUGGAACUUGCUUGUGUGUUCAUGGGGCUAAGUAUUUGGCCACAAAGGCUUUUUGAGAAAUGAAGUUUAAAGAAAACAGGCACAACAACUUCCUAUUAUGUGAGGUGACAUAAGAAGAAAGCAACAGCUUCAGCACCAACAAAGAAACAGGCAAACAUGCUUCUAUGUUCAUGCUUCUAUGUUCUAUCAUAAAGUAUUCACCUGCACUGCACUGCAAGUAAUUGACGCUGAUCUUUAGGGCCUGCUAUGUCUAUAUCUUAUUACUGCUUGAGCAAAGUUUAUCAACAUUAUGAUGCCUAGAAAUGCUUCAGCAACAUAGACUACUCAGAGACUCGAUUUGUGGUGAAUGAGCUUCGUAAUUAGGAUAUACGAAAAGCAAGUUCUUGUGAUCCCAAUAGAUCCACAACAUGACACUACUCUUGGUUGCCUUGGUGUCCGCUUCACCCUUCAGCCUAUUAUUAGAAUAUAUCAUUGAUAGCUAAGGUGAACCAACCAUUUCUAUAUGUUCCCCCAUCUUCAAAAUUGAACAUCAAGUCAAGGACUAAAGUUAGCGUCCAAUUAAUGUACUUUAAUAGAUUAAGACCGUUAGGAGAGUACUCAUGCGAGGAUCCAUUUCUCAACCAAUAAAGAUUCAAAAUCGUGCAUUUCAUAACAUGAAUUAAGAGGUCUAAUAAAUAUUAAAUUUUAU